AUGGGAAAAGAAGGGCUUCAAGUAAUCAAUGCGGGCUUUUCAAAAACUGGGACGAAGACUAUGAAUGUCAUUCUUACUGAACUCGGUUAUAAAGUCUGCGACGCUCCUGAAGCUGUGUACCGUCACUGGCAAGAUUGGGAGAAAAUCGCCAAUGGCGAAAAACCAAACGAGGUUAUCCAAAAACUCUUUGGCCCUGGAAAUCCGGACGAAUACACGGCUUGUGUUGAUCUUCCCCACAAUGCUUACUGGGAACUCAUUUUGAAGCAAUUCCCAGAUGCUAAAGUGAUUCUUGUUCUUCGGGAUGAAGAUAAAUGGGCGACAUCAGUAGCCAAACAUCUUCAGGUGGAACGGGAUACCUUCCGAGAAAUGGGCUGGUGGCGACUCAACAAUGGAAUCUACCGCUGGGUCUUCAACCAUGCUGCUCAGGCGAUGGGUCUUUACAUGGACUGGAUUCGCCCACUUCUUCUUGGCCCAGAGUCUCGCAACUUUCACGGAGAUAACAUGGACGUCCUCCGCCUCAAAUACAGAAUGCACAACCAGUAUGUGAUGAACAACUGCCCCAAGGAUAAGCUACUUGUUUGGAGGAUUGAAGAAGGCUGGGAGCCGAUCUGCAAGUUCUUGGGUAAACCAGUUCCUGAUGGACCUCUGCCUCACAAAAACCGACUUGGAGGGGUUAUUCAGGAGCUGGCGGAAUCCGUCGACUACCAGGCGAUGGUUCGUAAGCAAACAAUUUCACUGGUUCUCCGAAUGGGAAUCAUCGCUGGCGUCUCCUACGGCUGGUACAAGGGACUCAUUCAGCCACAUCUUCAAGUAGAAGAAUCAGCGCCAAUCAACUGGAAAAUGAUCGGUGCUGCGAUCGCAUUUUUGUUCACUAUGAGAAACCUCUAG